CUUCGCAGACACGCAAUCUAUUGUUCGCCAAAACCACCGUUGUUCAUCAUUGCAAACCACGUUGUACGCCGAGAAGGCCUCGUUACUGGCCAUAUCCUAUGUCACGUUGGCUCGCCCCGCUCGAUCUCGAAUGACACACCACACGUUGCCACAUCAGGAGGCGAAGGCCUGGCCAUGUGCGUGCAACAAUAAUGUCGACUUUAUGACCGGAUCAUCGCGCGAGCCAGUCAUAUUUGAUCAUGGACGGCUUUUGUUCGACUUCUGCUUCGAGUCUGGCCGAUAACUCACUGCCCGACUCAACCCCUACUCUUAGUCCGAGGCCUUCUCCAGCAACACCGGCAUCAUCGGUCGCUUCAACAUCGCAACAUGCGCGAAAAUGGAGUGGAGAUGGAGUAUUCUCAACAGAGGCACUAGAAUUCCUUUCCGACUUCAGUAAUUACUUGGCCCUGGGCUGUCUGUGUUCGCAAGAAUUUCCCGCCACCGAAGAUGACGAUAAGUUUGACGGCUGGCGGAGGUCCGCUAAUCCCCCUGCCUGUCUCUUUGCGACGAACACACUGUACACACACUUCACAAAGCUGCUAGCUGCCGGGUGGAUACGAUCAGAGUUGCACAGAACGGCCAAAGCACCCCUACUCUGCACCUGGACACUGCGGAUCUACAUAUUGCCCUUCGACGUCGGCCAUCGGUUCGUGGAACGCCAAAGCAGAAAGCUUUAUCUUGCUCUAGAAAGCUUGACCGCCGAGCUCGAUGUAAGCCAAGAGACCUGGCAGGGCAACGUCCCUGCUACGGCACAGAAGUUUGACCCAUACGCUAGGCAAGAGGAGGGAUCGCUCUUCUGGAUGUUCAACAAGUUACCCUCACCAUCGCCAAGUCCUGACACUUUGAAAGAUAGAAGGUACGCACGAGAGGCGCUUGAAGAUCUGCUUGACCCAGCGUCGGGAAUCCCUGGCCUCCGAACAAAGCUAUAUCCUUAUCAACGCCGAUCCGCUGGCCUUAUGUUGCAACGUGAGACUAUCUCCAACCUGGUACUAGACCCGCGACUAGAAAAAAGAACAGCGCCGGAUGGGUCAGAUUUCUACUUCAACCCUCGGGAGCUUGUGUUCCUCCGUGAACCUCGCUACUACGAGGCUUGCAAAGGUGGCAUCCUCGCCGAAACCAUGGGCUUGGGUAAGACAUUGAUCUGCCUCGCCGUCAUCCUCGCCACGAAAGACCAACCUCCCAUCGUACCAGAGAUAUGCAGUCUACCGCCCGUGCGAUCGUCAGUUGCGAAGCUUUCGGAAAUGGCCAUCUCGGCGAUCAAUCGGAAGUCCAUACCUUGGCGAGUCGAGCUGGACAGGGUCAGAUACGCAACAGGUGACAUGAUGGAGAGUGUACGGGAGAAACUUGAAAUGCACCCGGCCCACUACCAGCUCCCUGUUGUGCCCGUACGCUGGAACAGGAAAACCAUUAUGCCACCGCCAAAGAAGAUGAUACUUGCUUCGACAACCCUGAUCGUGGUUCCGCGCAAUCUCUGCAAGCAGUGGCAAUCGGAGAUUCGAAAGCAUGUCGAUGAAGACAUUCUGCGCAUGCUCGUGAUGGAAGACUCGAAGAAAAUAUUGCCGCCCCCAGAUGAACUGCGAACGUUUGAUGUCGUGCUCUUCACGCGAGGCCGCUUUGAACUCGAACUCAAAGAUGGCGCCGACGACCAAGGCCGACGGAUUGGUGCCACUCAACUCUCCUGUCAAUGCCCCUACAUCGGCGCCACACGAAUUCGGGAUUGCCAUUGUGUUCGCUUGGACGAUCUGUACGAUUCGCCGUUGAAGCACUUGCACUUCAAACGCAUCAUCAUCGACGAAGGGCAUUUCUUCGCAAACACAAAUGCUGCGGCAGUCUCCGUUGCGAACCGGCUUGUUUGUGCAGACCACCGAUGGGUGGUGAGCGGUACUCCAGCGAAGGACCUUCUUGGUGUCGAAGUCGAUAUGUCUGCUGCUCAUAAUCUGUGGCACACUCCAGAUACGAAAGAAUCGAGAGACACAGUGCUAGAGCAGAGACGGCAUUUCAACAAGACUGAUGACACCGCUGGUGCGAUCAAAAGUCUGGGAGCUCUCGCUGCAAACUUCUUGAAAAUAAGGCCCUGGUGUGCUUCGGAGGAGAACGAGAUGAAAGCAGAGUGGGAUGAGUGCAUCUACCGCCACGAGGAUCUUCGAAAACGCACAUUCUCCGGGUUCUCUACAUCCCUUCGGCGAACAUUGCAGAGCAUGGUCGUGAAGACGCAGCCAGAGGAUGUCGAGAGCGAUAUCGGUCUUCCGCCCCUGAGCCACGAGGUCAUCCGCCUCGAGCCGUCAUUCUACGACAAGCUGACAGCGAAUCUGUUUACUCUUGUGUUGACGGCGAAUGCCAUCACUUCGGAGCGGACUGAUGUUGACUACCUGUUUCACAAGAACAGCCAGAAGGCAAGAUCACAGUUGAUUUCAAACCUGCGGCAAAGCGCAUUCUUCUGGACUGGUUUCAGCGAAGCAGAUGUGCAGGCAAGUGUGAAGAGCAGCAACGGCUAUUUGGAAAAGAAGGCGACAAAUUGCAGUGACUCUGACCGCAUACUGCUGGUGGAGACCUUGAAAUGCGCAGAUGUCAUCUUGAAGUCCAAAGGCUGGAGAGCGUUGAGCAGAUCACACGAAGUUGGGCUGUUCGUUGAGGAUUGGCCGGCCUUGAGCGCGGAUCAUUGGGCUUUUGACAAAAGCCGCAAUCCCCUGCUGACCGGUGUGUCUCAACUGCUGGAGGCACAGAGCCAUGCCAACUCCCAAGCCGGCCUGGGAGACCCUAUGGAGGGAUUAGCUGGGGCCGGCGUUAAAGCACUCGCACCCGUCUGGCAACCCAGAGUCAAGACGGAGGACGAAGGCAAGGCUGAGAAGCCCAUCUUGACGAAAGGCAUACCAACCUCGAGCCUGGAUGGCGAGCCUCUGCUCCGACGGCGAUCUGGUUCGAAGGCCGGCAAUUCCCCGAAAAAACCCCUGCAGAACUCCAAGGUGCUGAAAAAGAAGGAGAAAAAACGCCUAAAAAGACUCCGCAUCAAGGCCAAAAUCAAAGCCAAAAGCGGCCUCGAGCACGUCUUGGACGCCUCGGAAGAGUCUGCAAUGUCCGACGCUCCCGCUCCCGAUGCUGCGAUUCCUUCCUUGCCUUCGAACUCUCCAUUGCUCAAGAGCCGCAUCGUCGGUACAACAUCUGCCAAACUCAGCUACCUGAUCUCGCAGAUUCUCCGCUACUACGAAGGGGAGAAAAUCCUUGUCUUUUACGACGGUGACAAUGUGGCGUACUACAUCGCUCAGAUGCUGGAGCUAUUGCACAUCAAGCACGAAAUUUAUGCGAAAUCCCUGCCUGCCCAUCUGAAAGCGGAGUAUGUCGUUCGAUUCAACGAAGAGCCUGAGGACCGAGUGCUGCUCAUGGAUGUGCGCAAUGCGGCGUUCGGGCUCAACCUACCUUCAGCUUCGCGAAUUUAUUUUGUGAAUCCUGUCUGUCGGCCGAACAUCGAAGCACAAGCGAUCAAGCGUGCGCACAGGAUUGGGCAGACUCGGGCGGUGUUUGUGGAAACGCUUGUGUUGAAGGACACGAUCGAAGACAAGAUGCUGGAGCGAUCCAGACGGAUGACGAGGUCGGAGCACCAUGAUGCGAAAGCUUUGGAAGACGAUGGAGGUAUUCGCCAGAUCAUCCAGAGCGCCCGGAUAAUGACCGUGUACAAGCGUGAGCGAGUGGGAGCUGGACAGAUGGCACCUCUGGAUAUCCCACAGCAGGUAUGGGGCAGAAACGGCUGGACGAACUUUGUCAACAUGAAGAAUGUACGGCUUGACAACGGCGGACAGAAGAGGAAGAUUGAGGAGGUUGAUGGCGAGAAGAACACUCAUGCAAGCGCUCCGCCCAAAGAGAAGAAGGCGAAAGUGAGACGAACGUUGGACUUCGUGGAGUGCAAGGCCGUUCCCAUCCAUGACAGUGACGACGAGCCAUUGGCGAACCGAGCGCGAAGGUCAAGCCAGCCUCAGCCGGCAACGAAACCCCUGCUUCACUCUACUGCUCAAACAGUCUCCUUUGCGAUCCCAUCGAGCUUGUCCGACACAUCCUGGUAUCGAGACAAGGUGGCGCUACCGCAGCCACAGUUUGAGCCCUUGGAAGAAGCAGAUUCGACCUCUUGCACACCACCUAUACAACCUUCCGUGCUCUCAUCCAUGAAAGAGGAGAGAGUGCAAGACCCCGGGCUGACGGCUCACGACAUUGUCCAGGACAUCAUUCGUAGGCUGUAACACGAAGUGUACAUUACUAGUUGAACAAUGAACAAUGACAUGGAUGAACA